UUCGCCUUAUCAGAGUAUAUAAGAGCCUACAAUUCCUCAGUUAACUUUUAAACAUUACCAGCCUGACAGAACAACCAAUACCGGACGUUGUCAAAAAGAAUUAGCUGAAUAAGCGUAAAUAUCUGCAAUUAAGAAUUAUGUUAAGGAUUCUAGUCAUUAUAUCGAGCAUAGUAUUAUUAGUUGGGUCGAGGUUUGUAGACUUCAAACCCCGUUUCCCCGACUCAAAACAAGCGCUUUUCCUGCGACAACUAGAUGCAUAUGACGUCAUAAUCCCUACUGCUGUUGACGAAGAGGGGAAAUUUGUGUCACAUGAGUUAAAAGAUGGUCACCGUCGAAUUCGUCGAAGUACUCUCUCCGAAUUGAACAACAUAUACUUUAAAGUUCAUAUAAAUAGAACUGAGUUACAUUUAAACGUUUCGCGUAACGACAAAUUGCUUUCCCCUGGAUUUGUAUUUGAGACCAGAGGUAACUCCACUGACGUUCGUAAUCACGUGAUUGUUCAGGAAAACAGUGAACACCACCACUGCCACUACCUUGGACGAAUAGUUUCACAACCUGACUCUCAUGUCGCUAUUAGUAACUGUUAUGGAAUUAGGGGUUAUAUUCAUACCAAUGGUGGCCAAUAUCUUAUCGAGCCUGUUUUUGGUCAUGACCUCGCAUCGAAUCCCCGCCACCCGCACAUAAUUUACAAGCGACCUGUACAUCAAGGGGCGGUUGACGAAGACGAUCUUCCUAUGACGUCACGUGCUCAACAAUUAUACAAGCAAAUCAAAGGUGGUCCGACUGAUGAUGCGCCAACACAUGAACGUCAUAAACGAUCCACAAGUUUGGAAAGAAACGUUGAAGUGCUGGUAGUAGCAGAUCCGCUCAUGGUUGAUUACUACCACGACAGGGGCGACAUUCAGCUCUAUAUACUAACAGUUAUGAACAUGGUAACUGGAAUGUAUCGAGAUGUCAGCAUAGGAAACGUUGUAAAUAUAGUACUUGUUCGAGUAAUGCUGCUAUCUGAAGAUCAGGACAAAUUGCGAAUUGUUCACAACGCCAGACCAACUUUGGAUAGUUUCUCCUCAUGGCAACAAAGUGUCAAUAUGGAGAGUGACGAACACCCGAAUCAUCACGAUGUAGCCGUCCUAAUUACCAGAAAAGACAUUUGUGCAGGAUCAAAUAGACCGUGUCUAACUUUAGGUUUGUCAAAUAUUGCUGCAAUGUGUGAUCCCGCUAAAAGCAGUAACAUCAACGAUGAUACAGGAUUAAACGUAGCUUUCACAAUCGCUCACGAACUUGGACAUAAUCUUGGAAUGAAACAUGAUGGUGAUGGCAACGCUUGUAAAUGGUCACCAGAGCGCGUCCAUUAUAUCAUGAAUGGGACUAUGCCAAGUUCCGUUGCUCCGUUGAUUUGGUCUCCCUGUAGCCGCGACUACAUCACUCUUUUCUUGGAUCGAGGAUGGGGAGAUUGCUUAUUGGAUAAACCGAGUAAGCAUGACUUCGACUACCCAGAUGUACCACCAGGAGUCAUGUACGAUGCUGAACAUCAAUGUAGGCUAAGAUAUGGACCAUCGGUCUCCGUAUGUUAUCCGGAGGAUAUAUGCCGGACUCUUUGGUGUUCUACGGGUACAUGUCACACAAAAAUGGGCGGAGCUGCACCUGGCACAAAAUGCGGUAGAAACAAGUGGUGUAUGAACGGACAUUGUGUAGAAAUGUCAGAGAGGGCGGUAGCCAUUGAUGGUGACUGGGGUACGUGGUCGGAGUGGUCAAGUUGUUCUCGUACUUGUGGUGGAGGUGUAUCAACUACUCACAGGGAAUGCAAUAAUCCCAGGCCGGCAAAAGGGGGUAAAUAUUGCUUAGGUAAACGAGAAAGGUACGCAUUGUGUAAUACACAGCCUUGUCCGGCGGGAUCACGUGAUUUUCGAGAAGUACAGUGUAGUUUUUUCAACAAUCAAAGAAUUCGUAACAAUUUUUUUAGAUGGGAACCGUACAUUAAGAAAGGCCAAGAGUGUGCGUUAGUAUGUAGACCGACAAAAUCUAGGAAGCAUGCGGAAGUUCUAAGAAGUAAAGUUGUCGAUGGUACAUCGUGUGGCAUUGAAAAAAGUGGCAUAUGCAUCAGUGGAAUCUGCCAGAAAGUGGGAUGUGACAAUAAAAUAGAUUCAAAUGCAAUAGAAGACCAAUGUGGAGUGUGUCAUGGUGACGGAUCCACGUGUGAAACCAUCAAAAGUAACAUCACCCAAUAUGGUGUCGGAUAUAAGGAAGUGGUAGUGAUCCCGGUGGGUGCCAGAAACAUUUUGGUCCACGAGGUUGCAGCUUCAGUUAAUUAUUUGGCCUUAAAAGGACAAGAUGGUGCCUAUUUUUUGAAUGGAAAUUGGUUUAUCAAACGUGAAGGCUAUUAUAAAGCUGCGGGUACCACAGUAGUUUAUAAGAGACGAAAUAACCUAGAAAAGUUUAUGGCAACUGGACCUUUAACCGAACCUCUCACCAUCGAGGUACUAAUGCAGCAAUACAAUGCGGACUUGUCUGUGGAGUACACAAUACCAAAGAAUAAUACAGAAUUUAGUGAUGUAGAGAGAAUAGCUGAGUUUAAAUGGGAACAUGGCGAGUGGACACAUUGUUCAGCAACGUGUGGCGGUGGAGAGCAAAUAUCAGAGGUGAUAUGUGUGGAAAAGCUGGCUGGACUAGUUGAAAACUUUUACUGUAACCAAACAACCAAACCAGAUCAUAAUCAACGCUCAUGUAACACCAACGAUUGUCCUGCAACGUGGUGGAAAGGGAAUUGGCAAGCAUGUAGUGUAACGUGCGGCAACAAUGGAACAAGGAUGAGAUCAGUUUUCUGUAUUCGCAGUUUUGGAUAUGAUGAGCAAAGUGUGAUUGAGGACCAAGAGUGCCUAAGAUUAGGAGCUGAGAAGCCAAUCAACGUUGAACCUUGUAAUUUAGAUAUUACAUGUCCUAUUGAACCUGUAUGGAUCAUUGGUAACUGGUCUGAGGUAAACUAUGUAUUAUAGUGCUUUCCGAUGCAUUAUGCGCUAUUGCGUGAAGCAUUGCAUGAAGCGCUAUAUAUUAAGACCGACAUAUUAUUAUUGUUAUUAUUAUAUAGCAUCCAGAAUAGGGAAUACUGAUAUUUGUCUCUGCGAUUACAUAAUAAAUAAAAUAACAUAUUCAAAGUUAAACUUAAUUAUAUAUAAUUAACCUUUAUAGAAUAUUUCUACAUCGUCUCACAUUUCUCAAUACUUAGUCUAUGUCUAGCCAACGUGUUGCAGUGUAGCGAGACAUUUCUGCACCUGUUUGAACCUGUCUUAACCCUCUCUAAUUACAGCAAUAGCUGACAAAAAAUCUUCCAUGUUUGGUCAUUUCAUUUUAUUUUAUACAUAUAUUUAAAAUACACAUAGGUCUACGUACCAAAAACAAAGAAAAUGGGUGGGGGAAUGGGACCCCCACAUGUAAAUAUUAACAAUAUAAGUAUAGAACUGUUAAACCAAGCAUAAUUUUAUGUCAACUGACGACGUCAUGUUGACAACAUCGACGAAAGUCUACAGUAAGUUCACCUUGUGCUUGGUUUAGUAUCAAUUAAACAGUUCUACAAUUUUACAAACACCACAACAAUUUUAAAACUCAAUACCAUUUAGGCAAGGUUUAGCUGAUUUGAUUAUAUAAAAUCUAUUGAAACAUACAUGGUUCGGCAGUACGUCUGCCAUCUUCUGUAUAGUCAUUGCUGUCAUGCAAUCUUCUUUGUUUUUCUCUCUCUCUUUCGACGCAUAACCACCACUUUUAUUCAAAAAUAAUCUGCAUUAGUACAAUAUUUCUAUUCCAAAUAGUUUUUUUCCAGGUUAUCCUUGUAUCAUCAAUACAAAUAAAGCAUAAAAACAAAAUUUAAUAUUUAAUGUUUUUCAUAUAAAAGGUACUUAUACCACUUUUAGGGCAAUUCAUC